AUGCCUCAGGUCGAGGAGACGCUCGCGAGCUAUCUCUCGCCUGAGACAGCAUCGUCCCUAAAAUCCCCGACUUUGCCCACCAGACCCCUGCGUACAACAUCAGCGCUGGUGGGCAGGGCUUAUGCCUCAGCAGGUCAGGCGGCCUCAUGUCUCCACACUAUGGCCAUCCUCCAGGCAUAUCAAGCCGACCUGCUGGGGGAGAUAGACGAGAGUGGCGAGGCGACUUUUGAAACUAUCCAAGAGCUCAGGAAGGCUACCGACUUAUCUCUCCGGGCCACCAAGGAGACGGCAAAAUCAAUAGGCCGCUCUAUGGCAGCCCUGGUGGCCACGGAGAGACAUUUAUGGCUCAACUUAUCAGAUAUAAAAGAGCGAGAUAAGUCUGUGCUUCUGGAUGCACCUGUGUCUCCCCUGGGCCUCUUCGGCGACUCGUUACAUCUGUCGUCGAGAGGUUCCAGGAGGCAAAAAGACAGUCGGCGGCCUUCCAAAAGUUCCUCCCUCGCCGCUCUGCCGAGGCUGCUGAGCGGGAGCAGCCUCGGCCAUCUACAAGCUCCUCUACUGCGCAUAGAGCGCAACAGAAACAAAGUGUUGCCACCCGUGCUCCCCCGCAAAGAUCUUGGGGACCGGGGAGGGCAACGCAAGCGAAGCCUUCCAGGGGUAAGACAGAUCUGCGGACUGUCAUUAUCGCGAGGAAGGCUUCGAAGAAGUCCUGACGUCAGGGGUUCAGGACUUCUGAGGGCAGCCCCCUCCGGAGAGGGUCUUGUAAAAUUAAAAUCUAUAAUACUAACCCCUCUUCGGCGCCCUCAGGGGGCCGUUCUGCCAACCCCGCCGUCUCGUGCGUUACGGGGCGCAGCGGUCCCCACCGACCCUCUGAGGAGGGCCGGUCAGCGCUUGAUUCGACUCCUCCCUGCCGGUGCGCCGCUCCAGGGCGUCGAGCCAAGUGCUCAAAAAACACCAGAGACCAGCCUCGAGAGGUUGGUUCCCUUAGUAGAAUUUCUGGAAGAGUGGAAACGUCUUCCCAAUAUUUCUCAGUGGGUACUGCAGAUGAUAGAAAAGGGUUACAAAAUACAAUUCGGGUCUCGCCCGCCCCAGUUCAACGGGGUCCUCCCUACAGUGGUGGGCCCCCAGCAGUCUCUGGUCAUGGAACAAGAAGUUAUGACACUUUUGCAAAAAGGAGCUAUAGAGAGGGUUCCUCCUCCCGGCAAACAGUCAGGGUUUUACAGCCGCUACUUCAUAGUUCCGAAGAAGGAUGGAGGAUUGCGUCCUAUUCUAGAUUUACGCAUGUUAAAUCGCUCAGUACAAAAGCUCAAGUUCAAGAUGCUUACACUCAGACAGAUCACCACACAGAUCAGGUCCGAGGACUGGUUCGUGACAAUAGAUCUGAAAGACGCGUACUUUCAUGUGUCAAUCCAUCCUUCACAUUGGAAGUUCCUCAGGUUCGCUUUCGGGGGCGAAGCUUACCAAUACAAGGUUCUUCCGUUCGGCCUAUCUCUUUCACCCCGCACCUUCACAAAGUGCGUGGAUGCGGCUCUGGCUCCGCUGAGACUCCAGGGCAUCCGCGUGCUGAAUUAUAUCGACGACUGGUUGAUUCUGGCUCAAUCAGAGCAACAGGCAGUUCAACAUCGAGAUGUAGUUCUGUCACACAUGAGAAGGUUAGGGUUGAGACUCAAUACCAAGAAGAGUGUGCUUCUUCCAGCUCAAACUACCAGCUAUCUAGGGGUAGUUUGGAAUUCCACGACGAUGCAGGCACAUCUGUCUCCUGCCCGGGUGAAUUCUAUUCUCUCAACCGUGAAAGGGGUGAAAUUAGGCCAGUCACUCACUGUAAAACAGUUUCAGAAACUGUUAGGUCUGAUGGCAGCCGCUUCCAACGUGAUACCUUUUGGUCUGCUGCACAUGAGACCGUUGCAGUGGUGGCUCAGAACCAGGGGGUUUUCUCCGAGGGGAAAUCCUUUUCGCACAAUCAAGGUCACGCGGCGAUGCCUUCGCGCCUUGGCAGUAUGGAAGAAACCCUGGUUUCUGUCCCAAGGUCCUGUGUUGGGGGCUCCUUGUCGUCGCAAAAUGCUAACGACGGAUGCGUCUCUCACAGGCUGGGGGGCGAUCAUGAGUGGUCGCUCAGCUCAGGGUCUUUGGGGGGACCAUCAUCGUUCCUGGCAUAUAAAUCAGCUGGAGAUGAUGGCGGUAUUUCGAGCACUCAAAUACUUCCUCCCAGACCUGAGGGGCCAUCACGUGUUAGUUCGUACAGACAACAUGUCGGUGGUCUCCUAUAUCAACCAUCAGGGGGGUCUGAGGUCUCGCCAGUUGUGCAAAUUAUCACAUCAGAUCCUCCUAUGGUCCCAGGGGAAAUUUCUCUCUCUGAGAGCAGCUUAUAUCCCGGGACAUCAAAAUGUGGGGGCAGACAUCCUGUCGAGGCAGGGGCCGAGGCCCGGGGAAUGGAGGCUCCACCCCGAGGUGGUGGAGCUGAUAUGGAAGAAUUUCGGUCGCGCAGAAGUCGACCUGUUUGCCUCGAAAGAGACGUCUCAUUGCCCGUUGUGGUAUUCUUUGACCCAUCCAGCCCCUCUGGGGCUGGAUGCUAUGGUACAGACGUGGCCGAGGCUGCGUCUGUACGCUUUUCCCCCGAUCGCUCUGCUCCCCGGAGUUCUGGAGAGGGUUCGACGGGACGGGGUCCGUCUAAUAUUGGUAGCCCCGUUCUGGCCGACCCGGAUAUGGUUCACGGAUCUAGUAUCCCUCUUAGAAGGCUCCCCCAUGGAGAUUCCGAUCAGGCAGGACCUUCUGUCUCAAGCAGGCGGCUCAAUAGUUCACCCCCGCCCGGAGAUAUGGAAACUGUGGGCCUGGCCCCUGAGGGGGCCGAGCUCAUAG